AUGUCAAAAGAAACUAGCAGACAACCCACAGUCUACGAGGAAUAUGGCCCGUACAUUAUGGGAACAUGGGGUACCCCUCAGGGACCUGUGUUAUCACCGCUCCUGUUCAACAUUGCUAUGAUGCGCCUCCCAAAUGAAUUGGCCCGGGUGGAAGGCACUCAACACGCAGUAUAUGCCGAUGACAUUACAAUCUGGACCACCGAAGGGAGCAUUGGGGAAAUGCAGGAAAGCCUUCAGCGGGCCGCAUCCAUAGUCGAGGCGUAUGCCAACGAUUGUGGACUCCAGUGUGCUCCAACCAAAUCAGAGCUUCUGCAUGUUAGAGCGAAGCCAAGAGAUAAAUCAGCCAUACACGUCUCUCUGUCCGGGGUUCCCAUAAGAGAGGUGGAGGAGCUUCGGAUUCUGGGCCUGUUCAUUCACCACAGACUCAGACCGGACUCCACUAUUGCGAAACUUCGGAGAGUAGGCGAACAGGUAGGGCGCAUGAUCCACCGCGUUUCCAACAAGCGGGGCGGUCUGCGGGGCAGGGACGCGCUUCGGCUCGCCCAUGCCUUCGUGACUAGCCGGAUACUCUAUGCCGUCCCAUACCUUCGCACUAACAAGCACGAAGACGACAGAAUAGAUGUCAUCAUCCGUGAGGCGACUAAGCGAGCUCUGGAUCUCCCUGUGGCCACCUCCAACGCCAAACUCAGAGCGUUAGGUGUGCUCAACUCCUACCAGGAGUUGCGGGAGGCCCACCUUGUGAAUCAAUAUACGUGGCUCAUGCAGACGGCCCCCGGGGCUUACGAGUUAAUGAGGCCGCUGACGUGGCCGCCCGAGCGCUUACUCACCGGGCUCCUCACCCUGGCUCUUGACUCGGAGGCCAAUACGCCGCUGCUGCGGUUCGAAGAAAUUCUCGCGUAA